CCGCAAUUGCAUCAUGGACUUCCAAAUCUCAAGACUUUCUGAAUCUGAUGCUAGCAGCUGCUGCGUUAUCUCAUAUCAGACCCACGCCCUAUACCCCACUACUACUCUUAUUCCUCAAGCAAAGCCAAACAAGGGCCUUCAUCCCGGCGAACCUUAUGGUUCAAACAAGAAGAUCGACUCGCGCUGCUGCCGCACCCGCACCCGCACCCGCACCCGCGCCAUUACCAUCGUCAAUCACCCUAACGUCAUCCGACUCUCACCUACUAGCAGAAUCCUCCAAACGUAGAAGAGCAGAUCACUCAAAUGAAUUGGAAAGCGAGAGCGGUACCGCGGUCGUAGCCACGAAAAAACCUGCGCGCAAGAAGCAGAAAAAAUUGAAGACAGAGGAUGGUCACGGUGAAGCUUCGACGGAGGGUUUUCCAGUACGCAUCUCAAAUCCGUGGAAGAUCGGCGCACACGUGUCAGCUGCAGGAGGAGUUGAGAAUGCUGUUCGGAAUGCUGCGAUGGUUGGCGCCAGCGCAUUCGCUCUAUUCGUCAAGUCCCAGCGAAAAUGGGAUUCACCACCGUUUUCUACAGAAAACGUUGAUGCGUUCAAGAGACGAAUGCAAGAGUUUAGGUAUUCGUCGAAACACGUCCUGCCUCAUGGCAGUUAUUUAGUCAAUUUGGGAAACCCGGACGAGGAGAAGAGGCAGAAGUCUUUCAAUUGCUUCCUCGACGAUCUUCAGCGGUGCGAGCAGCUUGGCCUUGAGCUUUACAAUUUUCAUCCGGGCUCGACCGUUGGGCAGGCUACGAAGGACGAAUCGAUAGCCCUGAUCGCGGAAUGUAUCAACAAUGCGCACAAAGCAACGAAGUAUAUAACGAUUGUCAUUGAAAAUAUGGCAGGUUCAGGAAAUGUCAUAGGCUCCCAGUUUUCAGAGCUGUAUGAGAUUAUCGAUCUUGUCGAUGAUAAGGCGCGAGUGGGCGUUUGCCUUGACACCUGUCAUAUGUUCGCAGCAGGAUACAACAUCUCAACAAAAGAUGGAUGGAACGCAACGCUCUCCGCGUUCGAUACCGAAGUCGGACUGUCCUAUCUCAAAGGAAUGCAUCUGAAUGACUCCAAAGCCGGCCUCGGGUCAAAAAAAGAUCGACACGAAAAUAUCGGACUCGGACACAUUGGUAUUUCUACGUUCAGGCACAUCGUCUCUGACCCACGGACGCAAGAUAUUCCUCUUAUCCUCGAAACCCCGACUUUCGAAGCAACAGAAAUCUGGGCGAAGGAGAUAGCUGCGCUUAAUUCUCUCUCGAUGGUCGAUGAUGGCGAGGUCACGGAGACGGUUACGGAGAAGGAACUGUCGUUGGUUGGCGAGAUAACAUCGCUGGUGCGGAGCCACGCUGCGAACAAGGCGGGGAAAGCAAGCAAGACAAAGACCAGUAUGGGCCGUGCACGCAAGCGGGAUGUGACGGAGGACCAGGACCACGAUUCUGACUGUGCUUAGGAAUAUCAAUGCGAGUUGGUGUCUACCAUCAGCCUUGAUACGACCCCUUAUCUUAUCCUUCUUCUCAUUUUUCUGUGCUAUUUGUAUUGAAACAAAUUAACGCGGUGUUUUGCAUUGUUUGACGCACUUACUUACGUGGACGCGAAGAGGGAAAAAAUACGACAG